ACUGUCCAGUGGUAACAGGGUCAUUCACUGGUGUAUGGGGUGGACAACUGGAUGGUCAGUGACAUUUUCAGGAAGUACUUGUUUUCUUAUGUGGACUUAGUGCUAAAUUGGAUUCACAAAACCAACAUUUUGAGGACUGGUCAGUCUGACCACUGACCACUUCUGGAAGAGUGGUGAGAAAGGAGUCAUGUGCUAACCAGUGGUUUGAUCCUGGUUUGAAUCCCUUACGGUUAAUUCCUCAUCAAUUCAGUAUCAAAGCUUGCCACAUCUUCACACAGCACCAUGCAGGAUCCCUACUCGGCCAUGAUGCACCGGGACGACAGAUUCUUCAAACCCUAUGGUGCCAAUGUUCGGGGAGCAAAUGGCAGUGUGCCUACCUCAUACUAUGGUAUGGGAUACCCUACUCCGUCCCACACAAUGAGUCAUGCAGACCUUGCAGGACUUAUGCAUGGUGCAGGGCAAUCGUCAACUGGUUUGGACUAUUCUCUUGUGUCAUCUAGUAAUAAUCAGGACCUUAUGUCCCCGAUCCCUCCUAGCCAUACCCUGCACCACACACCCACUACAUCAAACAUUAACGAUAUGCAUCCUGGGAUGAAGUCCCUCGGUAAUAUGACAAUGUCUCAGCUUGGUUCAGGUGUACCGACAAGUCCACCUCUGUCAAAUUCCAUGGUGAAACAUGAAGUGGACGAGGACGCUGACAAUUCCGAUUUAAAUUCACCGACUUCCACUGGCAGUAAUACAUCUGGAGGUCCGUUAGACCUUGGUAAUGGUGAUGGGGAAAUUAACUUUAAAAUGCCCCCUAAGAAACGACCUCUUUCUGUGCCAGAUAAUCAGAAGGAUGAACUAUAUUGGGAUAAGCGUAAAAAGAACAAUGAUUCUGCCAAACGGUCACGUGAAGCAAGGCGUAUGAAGGAGGAACAAAUCGCACUUAGAGUUGUGUUUCUUGAACAGGAAAAUCUACAGUUACGGACAGAGGUUUCGCUACUAAAGAGUGAAAUAGAAAAGUUACGAUGCAUGCUGUACAACCCAUGACGUGACUGAGUGUGUGAUAACAACAUGUGGAGUAAAACUAUGACACCCAAAGCUCAAAUGUGUUCAAAGGAACUGCCACAUCAUUUUAGUUUUCAUUAUCAAAUGGUUAUAAAUAUGUGUGCAUAUCAUCAUUUGGGAAAUCAGCUAUACAGCUUUAAAGCUAUUACUUUUUCAAUUAACAGUUACACCAGAGUUCAUGAUAGAAUCUUAAAUGACAAAUAUAAACCAUCUGUUUUGACAAAAACCAAUUUAAUUUAGGGUAAUCUACUCUCUACAUAAAUUAUACCAUGACUGUCACGGUCUACAUAAAUUAUACGACUGUCACGGUCUACAUAAAUUAUACCACUACUGUCACGGUCUACAUAAAUUAUACCACUACAGUCACGGUCUACAUAAAUUAUACCACUACUGUCACGGUCUACAUAAAUUAUACCA